UGUGACCCGACCCAUUCAUCCAUGCACACAGCACACCCACCCUUUCUCUUAUAGACACUUCGAGAAAACGCAGGAUACACAUGACAUCGCAAUCGUAAAUACUCGAAACGGCAACAAACGGAAAGCGCGAAGACACAAUCAUCAUCACUGACCUUAGUAUCGCAGCUCUGAAACUCGUGCUUAUUCACAACAACUGGUGCGGUAUCACAAGCCAUGAUGAUGUCAGGGGACAUGGGCAGAGAGAUUAACAUAAAGCUGCUAUGCCCCUCCCUCUCAAAGGCCACUCAGGUGGUGGCCUGGGCCCACCAGAAAAUCGACCUGGGCUCCAUCUCCCGGGCCUUUGGGCUCGACCCAUCAACGCUCAGGCUCAACGGUCACUUCAUCAGCAGAGGCCUGGACCUCGUCGCCUCUUCCGUCACUUGGAACUCUCUCCUCUCUUUCUUCUCUUCUAAGGGGUUGUCCACUUGCUAUGACCACCGUCACGCUCUUAUCGUCACCGGCAAGCUCUGCAAAGUUGGACACAAGCGAGGACAUGACUCGCAAGAUUUUCAAAAUGGGAUUGGCAAGGUGAUUGAAAGCGAGAAUGCUGGUAACAGGAAAGGAAUUCAACUAGAAGCUGACAACAUGCACAAGAAUAAAAAGUUAAAAGAGAGCAAUUCAGGUGAGAUUCUGAUUGGCCAAACUUGCAAGAGGAAGCAACUAUUGGAAGAUGUCAACCAAUUCAAGAAGCUAAAAAUAAAUGACGACAUGUCAGACAUUCGAGAUCAAGUUGAUAACAUCUCUGGCAGCAUUGCACCCAACCAGUUUACAUGCAGCUACGCAAGUAAGAAUCUGAAGCGGAUAAGGGAAGACGAGGCCAUUGUGGCAGCUAAUUACAAAAGGAUUAGAUAAAUUCUCUCGAGCGAAAAAAAGAAAAAAGGAGGAAGUAUAGUGCACUAUUUGGCAUUUUGUUUUCGUUGCCUUUCCCCUUUUCAUUUUUGAUCUAGUUAAAAGCUGUAAAUUCGUUGUUUGAUAUGCUGUGAAAAUAUUAAAGAGGUGAUAAAUAUUAAUGAGCCAGUGCUUCAGAAGAUGUAAAUAUUAAGGAUUAAACCAUUGGCACUUUCAUGUGCUCCUAAAAUCAAAUUUCUUGUUGAAGAAUUGGAUUGGGAAUAAAUGAUUGACAGCCUAAUUUCUUCAA